AUGUCGUGCAUUAAUCCAUGCUUUACCUUUAAGGGUAGAGCCCGAAGGUCCUCUAAGAAGCAGGCGUCACCGCCAACUACGGAGGACCUCCUCGUCGCUUUUCCCUUUACCACGUACCUUCCACAACGGGCAUCUUAUGAUUCGCAAGAAAGAGAUGAGUUUGAGGAAGUUUCUGUCUACAAUGUCGCUUCGGACCAGGUCUUCUUGUCCGCUCAUACGGACGAACGUUCUCCUCUUGCCCCCCCUAUCUGCGCAUAUACUUCCGGCAGUACGCUCAGUAACAACGAUAGCACCUCGUCAUUCUCCCUCCGUCUCAACAUGGUUGGUGAAGCUUCCGCACUGUCCAACGUUACGUUGAACUCGCCCAUGUCCGUGAGCGUUACGAGUCAAUCAGCAUCCGUCUACUCCUCCUUCAGCACCCUCCCAGGAACGUUAACUUCUGCAACUACUCCUGGCCAGGGCUCAGAUUCUGCUUUGCUCUCCUCUUCUCAAUCUGCGCGUACACUUGCUGUCGAUAGUUGCAGCUCUGCCAACCAUUCUCCGGUUACGACUGUUAUCCACAAUUUCAAGACGUUCCUCGCGAAGACGUUUCCCGACCAAGACCGCGGCAUUCGCAACACGCCCCGUGCUGCGAGUGGUGCAUCCAUGAGAAGUAUCCUAAGCUUCAGGACAAUGAAAAGUGGCGCCGGGUCUGUGAGGAGUAUGACGGAUAUCCGGACCAGGAGCAUGUUGAGGGCACUAAAAGGAAAGAUGGACAAACAGUGA